AUGGCCACCGGAAGUCCAGCACGACCUCUGGGCCAGCCUGGCGUCACUCUCAAGUUCGUUGUCAUCGGUGGAAGCAUCGCUGGUCUUGCGACUGCGUAUGGGCUGCGGAAUGCUGGCCACAACGUCACUGUAUUAGAGAAGAGCGACGGACAAGCUAAAAGUAAAGGGGGCCUUCAAUCGCCUCCUAAUAUGACAAAGAUUCUCUAUGAAUGGGGUCUGCAGGCAAAUCUAGAACGGCUAGCCCAUAAGUGCAAGCAAUUCAUCUUCAGAAACGGCGGCUCCGGAGAGCUCAUUGGCAACAUGAAAAUGGAUGAAGCUUUUCUGAAAGACCUCGUCGCUGACUUCCUUUUCAUUCAACACCAAGACCUGAAGGACGUGAUGCUAACAUUGGCGAUCAAAGAGGGCGUCCAAAUUCUAUAUGAGACAACCGCCACCAGCAUUUACCCAACAGCACAUUCAACUUCAAUAGCCCUCGAUAAUGGACAGGUUCUUUCGGCCGAUGUUGUCGUCGCAGCAGACGGCUUCGACAGCCAAUUCAGAGAGCUCGUCACUGGGAUUCCAGACAACGACCUGAUUGACUAUCCCGCUGGAAAUCGCCUAAACAUCACAUUUAUUCUUCCCGUGGACAAACUAAAGGAGGACGCCGAGUUGCGGCCCCUCAUGAAUCUUACGGACUGGCUAGUCUGGAUGGGAUCUGGUUAUGUUAUGCAUGCAAAUUUAAUUAAUGAAGGAAGGGAUCUAACAGCGACCAUCAGCUGCAUCUACGACCGAGAAAUACGUCCUGAAGACAGCGUUUGGAAAUAUCAUCCACUCGACUACUUCGCAGUUGAUCUAGACCUCUUCGAAUCCAGACCGCGGAAAAUGUUGGAACUAGCGAAGACGGUCUCCGCGAGAGUGUUUGUUAAUAGGCACGGGCUAGAGGAGCUCGUAUCUGAUGACCUGAAGCUCGUUCUUGUUGGCGAGGCUGCCCAUCCAUUACGGCCUGGUGGAAAUCAUCGCACCGCUCUGCACUUCGAAGAUGCUGAGACGCUGAGGUGCUUGUUCUCGCGAAUCCAACGGCGCGAUCAGAUAUCGCACUUCCUCACUGCGUAUGAGGAGAUCCGACACCCCCGGUGCCAAUGGGCUCACGCCUACGACAACGGCUUCCACGACAUGGCUGCGACGUAUGCCGGUCCAGAACAAAACGCCAGGGAUUCUGUGCUACGGCAGACGAUGGUGUAUGGGGAUUGGGACCAUAUGGACGAGGGAACGUUCAGAGCUGUAUGGGGGAACGAGCUUUCAUUGUACGUGCAUGAUGCCAGGGAGCGUGUUGAUGACUGGUGGACACAGUGGGGUUCCUUGAUUUCGCGGGAGCAGCGGAGGGAGAGAGUCAGCUCCGAGCCCACGUCUCCGGACUUGCCCUUUAUUCCCAAUAUGCUCCAGGUCUCCGUGUCAACUCAAGGUUGA